AUGGCUUCCUCAGAGGUAGCUGGGUUUAGAGUGUCUGCCACUAAACUGCUCUAUGGUGCGAUGCUAGAUCCAAAAUCACUAGGAUUUAAGCAUCACUGUGCUCUGCCACUCUGGCUUGAGCCUGGGGCGGACACCAGCUCCUGGGAUGCCAGAACAGCUUCGGGGAUAGUUGUUGCAGGUGGUGGUGGUGGGGCGCCGAGGCCUGAUGGAGCCCAGGUGUUUCCCGACACCCACUUCCAGGGGUUCAGGCGGCCCCGCCCGCGGGCACGAGAACCCUUCUUCAGCCACCCCGCACACCCGGCCCCGGCCAGCGACCUGUUUGAUCUGGCUGCCUCCGCGACUCCUGGCACCGAUCCAGUGCCGCUUCUACUAUCAGUUUCGGUUCAGUCGCGUCAGAAACGCUCGGUUUCGUUUCCCGCGAGGCCCGCCCCGCCCCGGGCCCUGGCGGUGUUUACCUCGGUCAGUUUCCCUUUCCUUUUCCUUUUCGGUGCAGUCCAGUCCCAAACACCGUCUCCAGUCCUGCCCCCGGCGGCGCGCGGCUGGCGGCCCGGAGGCUCAGCUGUCCGUGCCGACUCCUCCCGCGCGCGACGCCCGACGCCGACUCAGCGCCUCGGGCGCUCUCUCGCAGGUGUCACCGCGCGGCCGCGCAAUCCGAGGGCAGUGAUGGAGCCCCCGCAGCCGCAGAAUCGCAGAGCGGCGACGGAGCCCCGGCGGCCGCAGAAUCGCAGAGCGGCGACGGAGCCUCGGAGGGCGCGGGAGUACCUGAAGUUAGGGAAAAAGAUGAAGAUUCAUUCCAUGGACCAAGGAGCAGAGCACAUGCUGGUGCUGUCCUCAGAUGGAAAAAUCUUUGAGUAUAGCUACAGCGGAGAACCUGCAAGGUUUCAAAGCAUUUUACAAGAAAAAAAUAUAAUUCAUGUUGCGUGUGGAGAUUAUCAUUCUCUUGCACUCUCCAAAGGUGGUGAGCUGUUUGCCUGGGGACAGAACGUCCAUGGACAGCUUGGAGUUGGAAGAAGGUUUCCCACAAUCCCGAUACCACAGCCUGUGCAGAGCAUUGCAGGAGUCCCCUUGGUGCAGAUUUCAGCAGGAGAAGCCCACAGCAUGGCCUUAUCCUUGUCUGGAAAUGUCUACUCAUGGGGGAAAAAUGACUGUGGACAACUGGGUCUGGGCCACACCAAGAAUACAGAUUGUCCUGUCUUUGUUGACAUACCAGACAAUCAGAAGGUUGAGUUUCUGGCUUGUGGUGGUACUCACACUGCUCUCCUCACACAGGACGGUCUUGUGUUCACUUUUGGUGCUGGAAAAUAUGGGCAGCUUGGUCACAAUUCAACAGAGAAUGAACUAAGACCCCGCUUGGUGACUGAAUUCAUUGGAAAUAGAGUGACCCAGAUAGCAUGUGGAAGGUGGCACACACUCGCCUAUGUCUCUGAUUUGGGUAAGGUCUUUUCCUUUGGAUUUGGAGAAGAAGGACAGUUAGGACAUGGUGGAAAACAUAAUCAGCUGAUACCAAUGCCCAUGAAAUCACCAUCAAAUGAAGAGCUCCAGUUUGAAAGCCAUCACUUAGGAAAAGAGUUGAUAAUGAUUGCUGGAGGGAAUCAAAGCAUUUUGCUCUGGAUGAAUAAAGAGAACUCCUACGUUAAUCUGAGGAGGAAAAUUCUUACACUGAAUGAAGGGACUGUAAAGAGAUGGAUUGAUGAUGUGGGAACUAAACAGUGGCAAAAUACCAAAAGAGAAAUCCAAGAAAUUUUUUCAUCUCCUGCUUGUCUGACUAGAAGUUUCUUAGUGGAAAGAGGAACUGGAGAAACAAUUUCAAUUGAUGUGGAUUUACAGAUGGCAAGAGAGACCUUCAAGAAGUUAACAGAAAAGGAACAGAUUUCUUCCGUGAUAGUUACGUGUCUGGAAACCAGUCUUCUCAGAGCUCUUCCAUGUCAUUCUCCACACCAAGAAGCUCUGUUGGUUUUCCUUCUGCUCCCAGAAUGUCCUGUAAUGCAUGAUUCUUACAACUGGAGGAACAUGGUGAUUCCCUUUGUACAGGCGGUUUGUAACUUAAAUGGCAAAUCUUCACAAAUCCUGAAAAAAUUCUGGGCAUCUUUGGAAGCAUCUUCUUUGAACACAUUGGUCCAGAUGCUUAAGACAGCCAUUGUCUCUGAACUGCCUUACAUCCCUACAGAAUUAAGUGUCUGUAAUAUGAAAAUUCUUCUAGAAAUGAUGAAAGAAGUGCAUGAGGUAAACAAAUGUAACUAUCAUCUGCCAGAAGAUAUUUUCUACAUAGAUGAGCUGUCCAACCAGUUGAGAGCUACUGCAGAAGAAAUACUGCCCUUUUGGGCUAUCAGCCAGAUAUUGGAUGACCACCCCAGUGCAGUUAUAUUCACUCAUUUUCCAUUUGUCUGUAAUUUACAAACCAAAAUUAAGUUGUUACAAGUUGAUUCAUUUAUGAAAAUGCAGAAAUCAGCAGAAAAGGUAAAUCUGUGUGCAGUGAUGGAAGGAAAAGUUGAAUCACCUACAUUAAUACUGAGAAUCAAUCGAAGUCACUUGGUAGAAGAUGCCCUACAUCAGUUAAGCCAAGUUGAAGACACCGACCUUUUGAAAACUUUAGUGGUUGAAUUUAUCAAAGAAAUUCGUCCUGAGAGUGGAGGGGUCACUGCUGAGUUCUUCCACUGUAUAUUUGAAGAGAUGACCCAGCCAAAAUAUGGAAUGUUCAUAUAUCCUGAAGAGGGUUCUUGCAUGUGGUUCCCUAUAAAUCCUAAAUUUAAGAAUAGAUACUUCCUCUUUGGGAUGCUCUGUGGACUCUCCCUGAGUUUGGAAGAAAUUAUAAAUGAUGAAGCUGAUGACCUUAAAGAACUUGGCAUAUAUUUCUCUAUACCUUGGGAUCAAAAUGAUGUUGAUUUAAUUCCAGAUGGGAUCUCUGUACCUGUGGACCAAACUAACAAGAAAGACUAUGUUUCUAAGUGUAUUGACUACGUUUUCAACAUCUCCAUCAAGGCAGUUUAUGAGGAAUUUCAUAAAGGAUUUUAUAGAGUCUUUAACCAAAAGAUAAUUAAAUGUUUCCAGCCUAAAGAACUAAUGGCAGCAGUAAUUGGAAGUACUAAUUAUGACUGGGAAGACUUUGAAAAGAAUUCACAGUAUGAAGAAGGAUACUACAUAUCACAUCCUACUAUACAGAUGUUUUGGAAGGCUUUCCACAAGUUAACUUUGGAUGAAAAGAAAAAAUUCCUCUUAUUUCUUACAGGGCGUGAUAGAUUGCAUGUGAGAGGCAUCCAGAAUAGAGGAAUACUAUUCCGCUGCCCUGUAACUUUCAGUGAAAAAGAUUACCCAACGUCACUGACGUGUCACAGUAUUCUGUAUCUGCCUCAGUAUUCCACAAUGGAAAGAAUGGAGGACGCUCUGCAUGUAGCCAUCAACGGUCACAGGGGCUUUGUGUCACACGAGAUCCUACUUGGAUGAUCACUUCCCAGGAUCUCAGGGAGGCCUCUGGUGUUCAGUGUAUCAGCCUUAGAUUUUUCUGUUUCUGCUUGCAUCUAAUUAGUACAAGAUGUUGACAGGUUUUAGUUACCAUUUAGACUUGGCAAUAAUAAAGUUAUACAUCAAGAAUAAUA